CAAAAUGUCUGCCGCCGAGCGCCGUGCACAGAGAAGAAAAAAAGUACUGGAAAAUUCUGAGAGUCGCCUUCAGAGAAUUCUAGGCAGUCGUUCAAGCCAUCCUGAUAAUUCAAAGUCUAAUCUUGUUGUAGAUGGAAACAUUUCCAAUUCUUCUUCCGUGGGAAAUGCAGAUAAUUCCUGCAAGAAUAUACUGUCAGUCGAUACAAAAGAAAGUGAUUAUACAACUGGAGAAAUUAAGAAAUUGCCAGUGGAAAAAAACCAAGGAGACCAAAUUUCCGAUAUGUAUCCAGCGGAGGGAAAUACCUGUGGAUCGCAGGACUCAGAAGCUAACGAAAAUUCCUUUUUAGACAACGAGGUAAAACGUCUACCUAAAGUUACAUCAACUCGAUCGCGAUCACAUAACACUUUUCCUUCAACAGCAGCUGUUAACGAGACACACAGUGAUGAAUCUUCCAGCUUCAGUACUGCAAUUUGGACUCGAACUGUUUUUGUUGUCAUACUGGCUUUCUCUUUGGUGAUCAGGUGGACUUAUGUGAACUUAGAGGUUUUAUUCUCAAUCAAUGGUGAGAACAUCCGCAAUGAUGUUUCUAAUGAGGCUGUUUUGGUCCAGUCAGAGUCCAUGAUAUGGCCAUUCCUAGCUUUACAGUUACUGUUUGUUUGUGUACCAAGCUUCCGACAGACAUCCAACUCAGCUUAUAUUUCCUUGCUCACUGUUGCAUUGCAACUUUGUGGAAUUCCAAUAGAAUUUACCCACAGAAUCAAUUUUCUUUUUACUGCUCUUCUGGUUGCCAUAAAGGACUUUGGAGUUUUCUUUUUCUCUGUGGUUGUUGUUCAUUGCUUGGUGGAAUACAGCAUAAGUGUGGGACUUCUGAAGUAUGUAAUGGAGACUUGAACAAGAAGCUUCCAUCAGACCUUUGCUAUCUUAAAAGUUUUACAUCAACUGACUUCAUUUCAAGUGUAGAGAAGUUUUUAGCAAGCUGUUUAGUUCUCUUUUGUUGUGAAUUGUUGGGUUUCCCACCUCCUGAAGGGCAAAUUGGCUGUGUAGCUUCUGAAAAUAAUAUUUCUGAAUAAUGACUAAAUUAUGAUUGUAGUAAUUUUUAUACAAUGUUGUAUUAAAAACACUUGUGAUCCG